GUUGAAGGAUCACUUCUAUCCCGUCUUGUUUUGGGGAGACUAACCUUGUUCAUCUGAGCAUUGUGGGACUGUUUUAUGUUGUUGUUGACGAGAGAGACGGACCCUUACUCCAGCAUGCUCACUGAGCCUGAGCUACCUCAGGAGUGUAACAGGAUGUCUUCCAAGCGACCAGCCUCUCCAUAUGGGGGGACAGAUGGAGAGGUAACCAUGGCAACCAGCAGACAGCGAAUGGAGGAUGAGGAUAGCGAGGGACUGGGCGGUGUCAUCCACCUCCCCCUGGCCUCCUACUGCGGCAAGGUGUCCCCUCGCUCGCCCCCCAACCGCAACUUGGACAGCCCCCCCAACAUGGAACAGGACGGCACUAAGGGGAGCUCUUUGAGUCCUUACCCCCAGCACAAUGCUACCUCACCGGGCAAAGAGGAUGGCGGAGGUGGAGGGCGGCCCUGCAGCGACGGGGGCUCAACCACGGGCGCCCUGGGAACCCCUGAGAGACGUAAGGGCAGCCUGGCAGACGUGGUGGACACACUGAAACAACGCAAGAUGGAGGAGCUGAUCAAAAACGAGCCAGAAGAGGCCCCCAGCAUUGAGAGGCUGUUGUCAAAGGACUGGAAGGAUAAACUUUUGGCCAUGGGCUCAGGGCACAUCGGAGAAAUUAAAGGUACAGCAGACAGCCUGGCGGAGAAAGAGCGCCAGCUUAUGGGCAUGAUCGGCCAGUUGAGCAGCCUGAGGGAGCAGCUCCUGGCGGCCCACGAGGAGCAGAAGAAGCUGGCCGCCUCGCAGAUGGAGAAGCAGAGGCAGCAGAUGGAGCUAGCCAAGCAGCAGCAGGACCAGAUUGCCCGGCAACAGCAGCAGCUUCUGCAGCAGCAACACAAAAUCAACCUCCUGCAGCAACAAAUCCAGCAGGUCCAGGGCCAACUCCCUCCGCUCAUGAUUCCCGUCUUUCCUCCAGACCAGAGGACUCUGGCGGCGGCUGCAGCCCAGCAAGGCUUCCUCAUGCCCCCUGGCUUCAACUACAAGCCUGGCUGCAGUGACCCCUACCCUCUCCAGCUCAUCCCCACAACGAUGGCUGCUGCUGCUGCUGCCACACCAGGCCUGGGACCCCUACAACUCCAGCAGUUGUACGCAGCUCAGCUGGCGGCCAUGCAGGUUUCCCCGGGGGCCAAGCAGCACGGAGGCAGCCUGCCACCACAAGCCAACCUGGGCACACAUUCCCCACCCACCAACACACACUCACAGAGCGACAAGGGCCGCAGCUCCCCGCUACCAAACAAGACAAAGGACAGUGAGGGUGCACAGCCACUGAACCUGUCGGCCAAGCCUAAGGCAUCCGAGAGCAAGUCACCCAACUCCCCCCCAACUUCCCCACAGGUCCCUGCUGCUGCCGCUGCCGCCAAGCUGGGCCCUGCCGGCUCCAUGAAGCACAGCAUCGCCCCCUCCAGCAUCGGAGGACCACCGACCAGAGUCAGCUCGAUAGCAGACUUGUUGUCGUCGCUUUCUUCAACCGCCUACCUGAACGACCAUGAGGCGGUGACCAAGGCCUUUGCUGAGGCCCGGCAGAUGAAGGAGCAGCUGAAGAGAGAGCAGCAGGUCCUGGACGCCAAGGUCGCCGCCGUCAGCAACCUCAGCCUCAACAAUGGUCGCUCGGACAAGGACAAGGCUGCCUUGGAGAGUCUGAGUCAACAGUUGAAGCAGCAGGCGGAGGACAAGUUCAGCCACGCCAUGCUGGACUUCACCAUGAGCGGAGACUCUGAUGGCUCCCCCAGCGUGUCAGACUCCAGAAUAUUUCGGGAGGCUCGAGGUCGUGGCAGCGCCGAGCCGCACAUCAAGCGGCCGAUGAACGCCUUCAUGGUUUGGGCCAAGGACGAGAGGAGAAAGAUCCUCCAGGCCUUCCCUGACAUGCACAACUCCAACAUCAGCAAGAUUCUCGGCUCACGCUGGAAAGCCAUGACCAACCUGGAGAAGCAGCCCUACUACGAGGAGCAGGCUCGUCUCAGCAAGCAGCAUCUGGAAAAAUACCCAGACUACAAGUACAAGCCACGGCCCAAACGCACCUGCCUGGUGGACGGCAAGAAGCUGCGCAUUGGCGAGUACAAGGCCAUCAUGAGGUCUCGCAGACAGGAAAUGAGACAGUACUUCAGUGUGGGGCAGCAGGGCCAGCUGCCCUUGUCCUCUGCAGGCGUGGUUUACCCAGGUGCCCUGUCCAUGGCAGGGAUGCCCUCACCCCAGAUGCCCUCAGAGCACUCCAGCAUGUCCAGCAGCCCGGAGCCCAACGCAAACCACCACCAGAACACCCACAUGGCCGGCCUGAAGGGGGACGAGCCACGAAUCAAGGAGGAGGAGCUACGGCUGGACGACAGCAACGGCGACGUGUACGACGACUUCGACUACGAGGACGAAGAGGCAGAUUACACCAGCGACAAUGAGAACCACAUCACCCAAUAGGACGGUGCCACAGUCCCCUAAUUAUAAGCCAAUCACAGCUGGUUAAUCCCACACAAUCCCAAAACCCACCAAUCAGGAAGAAAACUUUCUCUUUUUGCCAAUCACCUUGAGUCCCAAUCUCACAACUCUCCAUCUCCCCAUCCUGACUAACACGGACUCUUUUAAUAGAGCCAAGCCCCUCCCACUGGAGUCCUGAUACCAGCAUCUGAUCAAUCAACUGAAGCACAGGACCUGUCACUCACACUGACUGUUACACAAACUGGAGUCUGGGAGGAAGAGACGACCAAGCCAGCCUCCGACGCUUGCUGAGGAAUAUUCAAGUACUACUGCAAGACUUUGAGUGUAAUGCCACGAGUGAGGAGAAAUAAAAAUCACACUCAGAAAACAACCUUUUAGACCCGUUUGUAGAAACAAAAGGAGACGUUUUAAAAUGAAAGACGGAUCAGUGGACCUGUCCAAGGCUAACAGAUGACACUUUAAGAUGGCGGACCUGUUUAUUAUCAAGAGACACUUUUAAAAAAAAAAACAGCUUUUUUUGUUCUUUGGUUCUAUAAUAUUCUCACUCAGGUACACGGUGCCAAUAAGUGGCUUGUGAAUGUGAUUUGUUGUUUUUGUGCUACAAGUUUGAAUAAUAAUAGAAAAAAGAGACAUUUCUUUUUUCCCCCCUUUUGUUGUAAAGCACCUGAAAGACAUCAGACAUGUUUAUUUUUAACAAAAACAUAUCUUUUCUUCGACCUCGCAGUGUGCUGUCAGCGGUUCCCCCCUCGAUUUUUCUCUGUGUUUUUGUGACCGCCCGCUCCCCUUCCCCUAAUUUGGAAUCCAAUGGGACGGUCCAGCCAGGACUGACCGGUACAGCGUGGACUGUCCCACUUUGAGGGAUUUUCAGGGGGGAGAACAGGAGUCUCUCUGGCGUCACGGAGCAGAAACGAAAGCACUGUGUUGUGAGACAAUCCACCAGUUUUCUUCUCGCUCCGUCCCUCUAUCUCGAUCUUGUCCGGGGCAAAACAUCAGUAGCUUGAGUGUGUGUCGGUGUGUGAUGCGUGUACUCGUGUGAAAUCUCAUUGUCAGUGUGAGAAAAAUGCUAGGAUACAGAAAGACGGGCUUACACUGCUGCUGUUAUUUACUGUACCACACACACACACAUACACACACUCACACACACAACUGUUGUUCUGUCCCUCAGUGUUUUCUUAUUCCCUCCAAUCAACAUCGUCCUGCUGUCCCUAGUGGGCGGAGCUGAGCUGAAGCAGCCAGUCAGUGUUUCUGUUUGUAUUUGAAUACUGUAUUUUAUUAUUUUUCUUCAAACUGCCUCUAGUCUAAUAAUAUUAUUAACAAUAAUUAUAAGGAUGGUCAGCGUUUCCUAAGUUUAGUAAGUUAUGUACAGUAUAAUUUAUUUUUCUCCUCUUUAUCGGGUUUUUAUGACCAUAUGAAACUAUGACAGUCAAUGAAACAUUAUUCUAUUUAGCUGGUAGGUAUUUAGAUCUAAACAAAAGUUGUCAUUUUACCUUGCUUUGUUUUCUUUUGUUCCCUUCUUUUUUGAUGCGUUCGUUUUGUAUUAAUCCUCCGGACGGGCAGGCAGGCGGCGUAAGUUAGGACAGCGAGCUGGACUGACAGACUCGACGCCGGCCCUCCUCCGAGCUGAAGACAUAACCUUUUCACAAUGUCCAAACCCAUUUCUAAAAAGCACUCAGACUCUGAGAAAAAGAAGAACAUGAAUUUUUUUUAUUGUUAUUAUAAUUUUAUUUGUAAUGGUUAUUAUAAUGUAUAAUGUGAAGUUUCCUAUCUUUUAUUUUGCCUUUUUUUUUUUAAUAAGUUUUAUCACUUUUUGGAAACUGUUUUCUGUGAACAAAGAGUCCCGUCCCCGUUUACUAGUUCUGGCUGCCUCACAGACACACAGUGGAACAUCUCUGGCUUGGAUCCACACACACAUACAUGCACAAACACACACGCACACACACACACAUUUUAAAUGAAGAGAUUAUCAUGACAACCAAACGAAUCCUAUGCUGUCCUUUUUCUGUUUUAUGAAAUCUAGUGUUCUAGAUUUAAAAUCCUGUACAUAUAUUUUGUUUGUUUCUAAUCAUAGGAAAGCAGUGUUUACUGGGAUCCACCGAGGUGUUCCACUGUCUCCGUGUGUGUGAGACGACCAGGCGUAUCUAUAGUAUCUUUAAAGUCACUUCUCAUCAGGAGCCCUUUGCUUUGUUUGAGCUCCACGCGAUGCUACAGGAGCCAUGACUACUCUUCAGGUGUGUUGUCACAUAGUGAUCCCCACAAUCAUUCUCUCGCUGUAGAUGUUCGCUCCACGCCACAUAAUGAGCCUCUGGGUCUUAAUUUUGCUGUAUAGUCACCCCUGCUAUCGCACCAUGGUUUAACCCGAUGCUGGAGACAGGGGACUAAGUGGAUCAAUCCAUUUUUUAGGGUAUCAGGUGGGUGGGUGGGACAUUAUUAAUCAUCCCUGCUGGCAAGGUCUGACCCCAUAUCAAGACAAUGAAAAUGAUGAUGAUGAUGAUAUUAUUUAAGACAAUCAAAGUCAUGAGUGGAGCUCAAAACAAAGUGAGAAUUAUUACAAGUAAAAAAAAAAAGUAUCUUACCAUCUCAACUUGAAAAAUCAAGAAAGAUAAUUAUGUAAAUAUAACAUAGAGUUAUAGAUUUAUAUUUUGUUCAUAACACAGUGUAAUAUAAGUUGUAUAUUUCUUUUUUCUCUCCCUACUGUCUCUUUUAUUGAUGUUAUCCAUGCCACAGAAAAGCAGGAGUCGCAGUACUCUCACACAAAAAAAUGAAGAAAAAUAUCAAAGAAAUAAAGAAAAACAGGAAAAAAAAAAAGCCGUGGGCUGCCACCACCAUCUGUUCUAAGUUCACUUUUUUUUCAGUAUUACUGCCAGACAAGGCUCUAAUAAAGACAGCAAUG